CUCAAACUCUCAAAUGCCCUCUGUAAACCUAGCAUAGCAUGCAGCAAAAUCGCUGCCGAAAACAAACAAGACUCGCGCGUACACAUCACACCCACACCCUAUAUGCUGGCUCCACUAAUACCUAGCUUCCUAGGUCACUACUCCCAUCUUUCAGCUUCCUGUACACACCCCUUUCUCCAUCUCCGAUCUUUCUCUCCCUCCUUUAUCUGUCCAGCCUUCCCUUCGAGCUAAUUGAUCCAUCGAUGAAGAUGGAGAGACCAUGCUGAGCUAAACUCAUCGUACCUAGUAACUUCCAAUAUAGUCGAUCUCAUGUGAAGGUGAGGAAGAAAGAGCGAGUAGAGGCAACUGUAGUACUAGAUCGAGAGCUAGAUCUUGCUUGGAAGAUAUAUAGUACUACCUGCGGUGCAGGCAGCUGGUAGCGACCACACUUGUUGCCAAUGUUGCCUUACCCUAACCCUCACAGUUUCUGGAUCUCCCGGGAACCCCCCGUGCAGGCGCCAAACCCUGCCGGCAGCUUCACUAUGGCGCCCCAAGCGUAUCUGGAUCAUCAGAUGCAGCACUACGACCACUUCUUCCCCGGCAACGCCAACCAGUUCAACAACUCCGAGACGCUGGAGGCCGUACUCAGGCCGCGCCCGUCGGCUGCUACUCCGGCGGCGACGGCGGCCGCGCAUGACGCGGCAAGAAACGGUGCCACCAUGGCCGUCACAGGGGCCGGCCACGCGAGGGCGCGGAAGCGUCCGUUCAGGACGGACCGGCACAGCAAGAUCCGGACGGCGCAGGGCGUCCGCGACCGCCGGAUGCGGCUCUCCCUCGACGUGGCGCGCGACUUCUUCGCGCUGCAGGACCAGCUCGGUUUCGACAAGGCCAGCAAGACGGUGGACUGGCUGCUCACUCAGUCCAAACCGGCCAUUGAACGCCUCUCCGCUGAGUCCUCUCGGCGGCCUAGCGUCGCCGGCGGCGGAGAAAACGGCGUGUCGUCGUCCCUCUCGUCGGCGGAGCGCGGGGGGCGCCGGCUCAAGGAGACGGAGACUGCUGGUGCCGGGUCAGGUAAGGGGGAAGUGGAUCAUAUGGAGAGGGUGAUGAUGAUGAGGGCCAGAGGUGGCGGGACGACGACGUCGGUUCUCAUGGAGCAGAUGAACGGGGGGCUCAUGUCGUCCCCGAUGGCUGUCAGCGGGGAGUACUGCUAUGACCUCGGCGACAUGGUGUACAACAAUGGAGGAGAAUGCGAUGACGAUGGCGAGUACGAGGAAGACGGUGAUUUCUUGGACGGUAUGCAAUACUAA